UGGUUCUUCGAGGCCAUACAAACCAUGAGAGGAGGCCAGAAUACGAGGAUCGCCCUCCGUAAAGAUGUUCCAGGCUUUAUGUGGCGGCCUGUGCUGCCAUCGGCCUGCCCUUGGGGGACGGAGUGCUAGAAUGUGUAUAUUCUAUGCCUUCAGGACCAGAAAAAGAACAACUCAUAUCUUCUUCUGUGAUUGAGGGACACCUGAGACUGGCGGUUUCCAAUCGUCAAUCGAAUUCGCACUGCUCGCCAGAAUGAAGGACGACUUCGCCAACGCAGCCGUUGCUGGCAUCGUCAACAAUCUAAAUGAGUUUAAUAUGUCCAGUCUCGCCUGGGGAAAUGCCACCUUGAUUGUGCCGACAAAUACGACGGGCUGCUUGCGACCAGGCGCCAUGCCCAUUCCCAUCUACAAUUUCAAUUGUACUCUUGGCCAGAUGCGAAGUGUGUCCGCAUUCGAGGAAAACUACUGUGCGCCAAACAAUACAAAUGUCUGCCUUCCCGGGUUUUACUGCCCAAACUCGAAUGCAACAAACCCAGCACAGUAUUGCCCUCCGACGGAGGAAUGCCUUCUCAUCCGUAGCUCCAAAGGAACGUGCGGACCGCAAGGAACGUUUGAGCCCAAAGUCUGUUCUCCCGGCUUUUACUGCCCAAGCCCCGGAAAGACCAUCAUCGAAUGUCCUAAGGGUUUCUAUUGUCCUCAAGGAAGUGUACAGCCAAUUCGAUGUGCCCCGGUCUCGCUAUGUCCAACUCGCAGUCGGCGACAAGUCGUCAUGCUGCCGGUAUACGUGACCGUGGCUCUCGACAUCAUGCUUAUCUUCAUCGCAGUUUGGUUUUACUUCUUCUCAAAACGUAAAAUCCACAAAAAGCCACAAAAGAAAGUGAAAAAGGAGACACUGCCUUACGAGCUGACGGAGACGCCUGAGAUUCAACGCCUGAUGCAAUCGUUUCGCGAAUGCAUCGGAGCCGAUAAUGUGGGCUUAUCUUUCACUUUUGAAGGGCUGUCGUUCGAGCCCGUUCCAGGCAAACAGAUUCUCUCAGGCAUUUCUGGUGCCAUGCAGAGCGGUUCUUUCUGGGCUGUGAUGGGUGGCAGUGGCGCCGGAAAGUCAACUUUCCUCAACGUCCUGAUGGGCAAGACAAAGCACACCGGAGGCUCGGUUCUCGUAAAUGGCCACCACGAGAAGAUGAAGAAGUACAAGAAAUUGAUCGGCUACGUGCCACAGGAUGACAUUGUCCUACCAGAGUUGACCGUGCGGGAAAACAUUCUCCAUUCCGCUCGCAUUCGUCUUCCUCGCAACUGGACCGACGCGAGAAAACAAGAACAUGUCGACACGCUGAUUGCAUGUCUUGGCCUUUCUCACGUUGCGGACUCACUUGUUGGAGACCCUCGAAAACCUGUCAUCUCUGGAGGCCAACGAAAACGUGUCAGCAUUGGCCUCGAGUUGGCUGCCGCGCCUAUGGCACUUUUCCUAGACGAACCGACCUCGGGACUCGAUGCAACUUCUGCCGCGUCUGUCAUGGGUCUGUUGAGGUCUAUCUCAUCUCUCGGUGUCACCACAAUCGCCAUCAUACAUCAGCCACGCCAGGAGGUUUUUGAGUCAAUUGAUAACCUUCUCCUGCUCGGGAACGGACGUGAGCUGUAUGCUGGUCCGACCAAGGACGUGUCGGGCUAUUUCAACAAGCUCAGUUUCACUUUUCCUCAAAAUCGCAACCCGGCAGAUGUUGUCAUGGACAUCAUGACAGGCAACGGUCAACAGUAUACUAAAGAUCUGUCUUGGCGAGAGAACAGCGUGCAAAGCCUGAUCGACAAGUGGCAGACGACCGCUGCCAAACAAGAGGUGGACUCUGAAAAGGACAUGGGCGACAAAAGUGGGUUUCAAGCCCGAACUGAAGUCCACGCUGUCCCUUCGAGCGCGACCCAACAGGAGGCCAUCCGCCGUUCCAUUAAGAAGCGAGGGGCUUCAUAUCCGCUUCAAGUCUGGUUCUGCUUCCAACGGGCAAUGCUUCAGCAACUCAGAAAUAUUAACAGCUUCUUUUUCGAAGUGGGCGUUGGUGCACUUGCGGGUGCAGUGAUUGGGAUGUCCGCUUUUUCAGCACACGGCCAGCUGUUCAGAGGCAUCUAUCAAUUCCCAUUCACAGCUUUAUCAAGCGCUGUGGAUUAUCAGUCCGCGAUCCAAAUUGGUUUGCUGGGUGGACUAGCUAUAGGACUUGCCGCCAGUGCCGCGGGAGUGAAGGUCUUUGGUGACGAGAAACUGACGUACUGGCGCGAAGCCGCUGCUGGCCACAAUCGCUACGCGUACUAUAUCGGCAAGGUCCUCUCAACAUUGGUUAGGAUGACAUUAUCCUGUCUUCAUUUCAGCGUCUGCCUCGGGGUCCUAGCCACUCCUAUGAUGUCAUUCGGCUCAAUCUUUGCUGCGAACCUGCUAUAUUUCUAUUGCAUUUACGGCUUCUCGAGCUGCAUCAGCAUGGUCACGAAACGAGAGGAUGGACCUUUGUUGGCGGUGAUGGGAAGCUUGAUCAUAGGCAUUCUUGGAGGAGUCGCUCCACCAUUGUCCAAGGUCAAACUGUGGCAUAUGGAGUGGCUCUGGCGGAUGUCUCCUGGUACGUGGUUCACGGAGAUAUGGUUCACAAAAAAUGUGGCACCGUUGAAGUAUCUUUAUAUACUUGAUCUCGCAUCAGCAGCGACGGGCUUCAAAUUUCAUCAAUCGACUCUGGACAUUAUUCUCUUCCUGAUUGGAACGAUAUAUCGGCUCAUAGCAUGUGCCCUCCUGGUGCUUGUCAAACGACAUAAGCAGAGGUGACGGUUCUGUCGGCAACGUACAACGAUUUCACGAUCUUGAUAGUCUUCCGCACUUCCACGUUCCUUUGUUCUUCUGCAAGUUCAGACUGUGAUCGGCCACGAGGCUUCAUCAUACGCUCUAUACCACAUUCGGUCGGAAUGCUCUCAGAAGCUGAACUUGGUCCCAACAACUGACGGGGCCAGCCUUCCGGGCA